UUUACACAAUCGAUUAAUUAUCUGUCUCGAGGCUCGAAUUACUGAACCAACGAUAAACGAUAAGAAUAAAAAAAAUAAAAAACACGUUCAUCACGCAUAUAAAUUACAACGCGCAGGUUCAACCUCCACUCUCUACCAAUUAAUUCAAAAAUCAUGUUUUCCGUAAGAAACACACAGUGCAUUUUUGUGAUAUUCAGCGUGCUACUCGCAGCAAGCUUAGCAGACGAAACCGAGUCUUGCAAAAGUAACAGUAGUUGUGUAAGUCUUGACGGGACCUGUGAAGGCACCAAAAUGUCAUCUCCAGACAGUUAUAAAAACGCCAAAUCAAUCUACGAAUUUACGGCAAACGAUAUCAGAGGAAAUCCGAUUUCGCUGGAAAAAUACAAAGGUCACGUAUGUAUAAUCGUUAACGUAGCAUCGCAGUGCGGUUACACAAAAAAUAACUAUGCAGAACUGGAGGAACUCUAUGAAGAAUACGGUGAAUCGAAAGGGUUGAGAAUACUCGCAUUUCCCUGUAAUCAGUUUGCAGGCCAGGAACCAGGCACUAAUGAAGAAAUUUGCGAAUUUGCAAAAACAAAAAAUGUUAAAUUUGAUAUGUUCGGAAAGGUUAAUGUAAAUGGAGCAGAUGCACAUCCUCUAUAUAAGUAUUUGAAGCAUGUACAGGGUGGCACUUUGGGCGAUUUCAUAAAAUGGAAUUUCACUAAAUUUAUCAUUGAUAAAAAUGGAGUACCAGUUGAGAGACAUGGACCAAGUACCAAUCCCAAGGAUUUACUUAAAUCAUUAGAAAAAUAUUGGGAAGAGUGAAUUAUUUUACUCAUAGUAAAAGAUAAAGAGGUAAUUUAGAAAGAAAAGAAGCACAAAUGCCGAUCAAAAUAAGUUAAAAGUCAUAUUUUUACACUAAAAAAGCACUUUGUUGUUUUGUUUAAAAUACAGCACUUUGUUGUUAGUGUUAUUUUGUACCAAAAUAUCAAAAAAAUACCCUAUAUUAGUACAAAACUGCAUUUUUUACUUUAUUCGCAGCUCUUUCUGCCACACUGUAAAAUUUUGAAUAGAUAGGGAAUGUGGUUGUGGUUGACUUUACGGACACAAAAAAUUUGGUCCAGUUAAGCUAAUCUUGUAGUUUAGUGUCUUCGUAGAUUCUUUAGUCACCCUGAAGUUUAUAUUUUAAUUCUACCUGGAUUUGGGAUAAUUUCCCAUAUUGUAAGACCAGAAAGAAGUAAAAACAGCCUUUGGAACUUUAAGAAUAUUGUAUGCAUAAUAAUAAUAAUAAUUGGAAUAUUAAGAUUUAUUGUCUCCCUUCAUUGGAAAGUUAAUUACUGAUUUUUAUUAAAUUUUGUCCCCUCUCAAAACGAUAUUGUCGACUUUUUCAAUUUUCUAAGAUCUAUUUUAUGUUUAUUAAUAAUUUGGCACUAAUUUUGUUUCAAUAUUCAGUUUUCUACAUAAGAAAAUUAAUUUUUUAAUGGAUAUUUAAUAAAUUUGAACUCUUAUUCCUUCCUAAGCAAUUUUGUUCAUUUUUCUAAUAUGUAUUUUAUAUUUUUUAACAAAUUAGCCCCAAAUUUGUUUCAAUAUUUCAUUUUCUUCAUAAAAAAAAUAAAUAACUUUUUAAUAGAUUUUUAUUAAAUUUGGCCCCCUUAUCUACUUCCUAAGCGAUAUUAUUAUUUUUUUUAGAUAUUUUUAUGUAUUGACAAUUUUUUCAGUACUCCGACUUCUUCAUAAAAAAAAAAUAAAUUUUACCAUCCCCUCUUUAAGUAAUUUUGUCGACUUUUUGAUAUUUAAUGUUUUUUUAACAAUUUUGCAUCUAUUUUAUUUCAAUACUCCCUUUUCAUUGCAGGAAACUAAAUUUUAAUGGAUUUUAAUUAAAUUUGACCCCCAACAAAAUCACUUAUUUGUUCAUUUUUCUAAGAUGUAUUUUAUAUUUAUUAACACAAUUUUAUUUUGAUACUCCUUUUCUCAAAAGAAAAUUAAUUUUGAAAUUUUUUUUAAUAAAUUUGAUCCCUUUAUCUCCCAUCUAAGCGAUUUUUUUGGCAUGUAUUUUAUAUUAUUUAACAAUUUGACACCAAUUUUGUUUCAUAACUGUUUUCUUCUUAAGAAAAUUAAUUUUUUGUUCUCAAAAAUCAUUGUUAAUCGUCUCAGUUUUUGUGUUUUGUUAAGUGAUUAAAAUUAUUAAUGUUAAAGGAACUUUGUUUAAACUCGCAUCCACAACUGACUUGAUACUAAAUAAAGCGUUAAAAUUUAUAUUAAAUUUGACUACCUCAUCUCCUUCAUAAGCGAUUUUGUUCAUUUUUAUAAGUUGUUUUUUAUAUCCAUUAACAAUUUGGUACUAAUUUUAUUUCAAAACUCAUAAGAAAACUAUUUUUUAUACAACUGCUAUGAAAAGUAGCGUAUUUCUCAUAACUUACUUAAUUUCAAAACCAUAUAUUGCUCAUACCUACUGUGAGAAAUAUUUUUUCUCACGGCACUUUGCCCACACCACAUACAUUUAUAUGGAGAAUCAACAAAAAUCAGCUUUAAAUAGUUGUCACAACUGUCAAAUGAUUAUAGUUUUUGAAAUUUUUAUUAAUAUAACAAAACUUAUUAAAAAGAAAUGACAUUCCGGAUUUGACCAUACAAAAUUGUACUAAUUUUACUAUUAACUAUAAUUUUAAAUAAAUUAUUUAAC